UCCGCGCCGCCUCUCUGCCUCGCUGCUGCUCCCUGCUCCGGGGAUCCGGGCCCCGAGCGCGCGGGGCCGCGCGGCCAGGAUGGCAUUAGCUCUGUGUCUGCAGGUACUGUGCAGCCUGGGGGUCUGGCUCUCACUCUACGCUUCUUUCUGCCGUCUGAAUAAGAACCGGGGCUAUGAGUGGAGCUGCCGGCUCGUCACCUUCACUCACGGAGUCCUCUCCAUUGGUCUCUCGGCAUAUAUUGGCUUCAUCGAUGGCCCCUGGCCAUUCACCCACCCAGGCGCCCCCAACACCCCCCUGCAGGUGCACGUGCUGUGCCUCACGCUGGGCUACUUCAUCUUCGACCUGGGCUGGUGCGUGUACUUCGGCUCCGAGGGGCCGCUGAUGCUGGCGCACCACACCCUGAGCAUCCUGGGCAUCGCCAUGGCGCUGGCGCUGGGCGAGUCGGGCACCGAGGUCAACGCCGUGCUCUUCGGCAGCGAGAUCACCAACCCGCUGCUGCAGCUGCGCUGGUUCCUGCGCGAGACGGGCCACUACCACAGCUUCGCGGGCGACGUGGUGGACGUCCUGUUCGUGGCGCUGUUCACGGGCGUGCGCAUCGGCGUGGGCGCCCGCCUGCUGCUCUCCGAGCUGGCCUCGCCCAAGCCCCGCUGGUUCGUGAAGGCGGGCGGCGUGGCCAUGUACGCCGUGUCCUGGUGCUUCAUGGUGAGCAUCUGGCGCUUCGCCUGGAGGAAGAGCGUCAAGAAGUACCGCGCGUGGAGGGGCCGGCGGAGCGAGGAGCGCGCGCACCCGCACAACGGACACCUCAAGGCGCACUAGCGGAGGGGCCUCCCCGGCGGGACCAGGGCGCAAAUACAGUGCUG